CGUAUUCCGAACCGAGUAAAGCUAGUAUAUAUAUUCGCGAGGCCGACUCGCUCGCGUGCGCGACUCCGAGAGUUGGUGGGGGGGAUUUGUUACGUGCGUUGAGAGGAAGACCUAAGCCAGCCGUGAACGUUGCACAGCGUCCAAACACGCUCGAAAAAGGAAAGAUUUUCAUCGUUCUGUCGGUCGACGAGCAUAUAAUGUAAUAUAAUACGCUGUAGGAUACUCGUGUUCUCCGUUGAAACGCCACAGGCAUUCUUAGCAAGUCCACGCUCGAAUCCUCCAUGUUCCGAAAUCAGAGGGAAGCAACUGUACGGACGUUUAGUUUAUUUUACGUGUGCAUACCGUGCACGAUGCACAGCGUCGAGUAGACGGAAUACUGAAACUAGUCUAGUCGCGUCGUUAUCAAUGACUUUCACGUUGCCAAAAUAGAAAUGUAUUUUAAGGGAAACCGAGCGUUUUCCAGGUUGUAUCGGAGGUUUGGCAUCGAACCAAAUAUUGCCAGCAGCUAAGCUGCUAUCGGUAGCUGCCGAGCAGACGGAAAAUAUGUCUCGUCGAGAUCCGUUGUUUCGAAUGCGUACAUUGAAUUUUGUCUGGUAAACUAAGAUGACAAUUUUCUCGAAUAACUCGCGACGCAAUGUCGAUUGUUAACGGCUAGGUGGUAAUGGGUAAUCGGUAAUUGAUAGUCGUCAGCCGUGGACGUUGCGCGUAACUAUAGCAGAGGAAAACAUUGAUUUCUCGGAGACGCUUCUAUACCGUUGUAUAGACACGUCGAGUUGACGUUUCAACGAUGCGAUCGACUCGACUCGCUUGGAAAGCGAACAUUGUCGAGGAAACGGAGAGAAUUUCCGAUUCAAAGUAGGCCGUAGGAAUCGUGUAACGAACGAAAGUAAGAAUCCGGACGGUUAUGGGAUGCGACGGAAACCAAGGAACGAGAAGACGGAGUUGGACGAAUCGAAUGCGCUCUUGGCGAUAUUUACGAUUUGGCAAAACACGGACCGAUCGAACGGAGAUAUCCGCAUUGCCGAUCCGUAUAGAUGGAAAAUAUGAAUGGGGACGAGCGUUGGUCGCUUCCUCGAAAACAGGCUCUGUACGACCCAUCCCUCGAGAAGGAUGCUUGCGGAGUCGGAUUCAUCGUGGCCAUAGACGGAAAGAGAUCGCACAAGAUCGUCCGCGAUGCGGAGACUCUAUCUGCUCGCAUGAACCAUCGCGGUGCUUGCGCUUGCGAUAACGACACCGGAGACGGAGCCGGUGUUCUUUGCGCAAUUCCACACGACUAUUACGCGGAUCACGUUCGCGAACAACAAAACGUUCAACUGCCACCGUGUGGCCGUUACGCUACGGGUAUACUAUUCUUGGACAAAAAUUCGCACGAGCAAACGGAGGAGCAGUUCGAGAAGUUGGCCGACGAAUGCAACCUGAGGGUGAUUUGUUGGCGCGACGUUCCCACCGAUAACACAAAGAUCGGUCGAGUGGCACAGAAGAGCGAGCCUUACAUGCGUCAAGUGUUCGUUACCGGCGAUCAGGACGAUAUCACUCUGGAACGUCAGGUUUUCGUACUGAGAAAGAGAUCGUCUCACUGCAUACCGCGGCCAGGAAUUAGGUACUACAUAUGUUCGCUCUCCGUGCGAACUAUCGUCUACAAAGGUCAACUGACGGCGGAUCAACUAUGGCUGUAUUUUCUGGAUUUGAAGUCCCCGAAAUUCGAGACGUAUCUGGCGCUGGUUCACACGAGAUUCUCCACCAACACGUUCCCUAGCUGGGAAAGGGCGCACCCUCUUCGUUUAUUGGCGCACAACGGAGAAAUCAACACGUUGAGAGGCAACGUGAACUUCAUGAAAGCCCGAGAAGGCGUGAUGAGCAGCAAGCUGUACGGCGAUCAGUUGAAACAGCUGUAUCCCGUGGUGGAGCCGAAUUUGUCCGAUUCCGGAGCGGCCGACUGCGUUCUGGAAUUUUUAGUGAUGGUGGGCCAACGAUCUUUGCCGGAGGCUGUGAUGACGAUGGUCCCCGAGGCUUGGCAGAACGACUUGACCAUGGCAACCGAGAAACGAGACUUUUAUCAUUGGGCUGCUUGCGCAAUGGAGCCUUGGGAUGGGCCGGCCCUCUUGACCUUUACCGAUGGCCGUUACGUUGGCGCUAUUCUCGACAGAAACGGCCUGCGCCCGUCGCGCUUCUACGUCACUAAGGAUAACAUGAUGGUGAUGGCGUCCGAAGUGGGCGUCUAUGAUACUCCGCCCAGCAAUGUAAUCCUGAAGAGUCGUUUGAAGCCCGGAAGAAUGCUCCUCGUCGACACUCUCGAGAAGAAGAUUAUACAGGACGUUGAACUAAAGUUGCAGAUAGCUAGAAGCAGACCUCACUCGAAGUGGUUGAAAGAUCAGAUGAUCACGAUGGAGGAGUUGCGUGCCGCGGACAACGGUAGAAGCCGAACGGCGGUAACGUCGGAGCACCGGACAAUCGAGAGAAAAGAAUCGAGCGACGCGAAUCCCGUGUCCGCUGUGAAUCGGGUCUGGGGAGGCGACAAGAGGCUCUCUCUCUACGGAUACACGCUGGAGACCAUCAACAUGUUGCUUCUACCGAUGAUGCAAUCCAAAAAAGAAGCGUUGGGCUCCAUGGGAAACGAUGCACCGCUCGCUUGCCUUUCCCAAUUUCAGCCGCUCAUCUAUGACUAUUUCAAACAACUGUUCGCGCAGGUAACGAACCCGCCGAUCGAUCCGUUCCGAGAGAAAAUCGUCAUGUCGAUGCUUUGUCCCAUCGGACCCGAGAGUAACAUCUUGGAGCCAAACGAGUUGCAAGUGCAUCGAUUAUUUUUGCCGCAACCGAUACUAUCGUUGGAGGAUCUAGAGGUGAUCAAAGGAACGAAAUAUCGCGGCUGGAAGAGCAAACUGAUCGACAUGACGUACCCCGUGGAAGACGGUCCGUCCGGUUUGUUGGAUACGUUGGAUCGCGUGAACCGCGAAGCGAAUCAAGCGGCGAAAGAGGGCUACCAGUUCUUGAUUCUUUCCGAUCGCCGUGGAGGGCCUGACAGAGUGCCUGUCAGCAGUCUGUUGACCCUCGGUGCGGUGCAUCAUAAUUUAAUCGAGGAGAGACAACGCAUGAAGGUCGGCUUGAUCGUCGAGACGGCCGAAGCCAGGGAGGUGCAUCAGAUUUGUUUACUUCUGGGUUACGGAGCGGACGCGAUCUGCCCGUAUCUUGUCUUCGAAAUGGCGAGAAACCUUCGAGCGGACGGCGUACUCGAUUCGUCGUUGACCGACAAUGCUUUGUGCGCGAACUACGCGGAAGCGAUGGAGAGGGGUAUAGCAAAGGUAAUGGCAAAGAUGGGCAUCUCCACGUUGCAAUCGUACAAAGGAGCACAAAUUUUUGAAGCGGUUGGCCUGUCCGAUGAGGUGAUCAACAAGUGUUUCAAGGGCACGCAAUCCCGUAUCGGUGGUGUCACCUUCGACAUUUUAGCGAAAGAAGCGUACGAAAGGCAUCAGAUCACCUAUUGGAAUAAAUCGCUGGACAUGCUCGUUAUUCGCAAUCCAGGAAUUUACCAUUGGCGCGCGGGUGGAGAGAAACACAUAAAUGACCCUGACAGCGUUGCCAAUCUGCAGGAUUACGUGAAUUCGAAAAACCAGAAUGCCUACGAAAAAUAUAGAAAGACAACGAUGGAGAUGGUCAGGGCCUGUACGUUGCGAGGUCAACUGGAAUUUCUCGAAACCUCGGAAAACUCGAUACCCAUCGAACAAGUCGAACCUGCCUCCGAAAUCGUGAAACGGUUUGCAACCGGUGCUAUGAGCUUCGGAAGUAUUUCGAUGGAAGCGCACUCAACUUUAGCGAUUGCUAUGAAUCGUAUCGGAGGCAAAUCGAACACUGGCGAGGGAGGUGAAAAUGCUGAUAGAUAUCUCGAUCAAGAUCCAGAAUGGAAUAAACGAUCGGCCAUCAAACAAGUUGCCAGCGGUCGCUUCGGAGUAACUUCGAGCUAUUUGGCAAACGCCGACGACCUUCAGAUUAAAAUGGCGCAAGGGGCCAAGCCUGGAGAAGGCGGCGAAUUGCCUGGCUACAAGGUGACCGCUGAAAUCGCUGCGACCAGGCAUUCGGUACCCGGCGUGGGGCUGAUCUCGCCGCCACCUCAUCACGACAUCUAUUCGAUCGAAGAUCUCGCCGAACUGAUUUACGAUUUGAAAUGCGCAAACCCCAACGCUCGUAUUUCCGUGAAACUGGUCUCCGAGGUAGGAGUGGGCGUAGUCGCGGCAGGCGUGGCAAAGGGGAAAGCGGAGCAUAUAGUGAUAUCUGGUCAUGACGGUGGAACCGGUGCGAGCAGUUGGACGGGAAUCAAAUCCGCAGGUUUACCGUGGGAGUUGGGAGUCGCGGAAACUCAUCAAGUUCUAACCUUGAAUAAUCUGCGCUCGCGAGUCGUGGUUCAGGCGGAUGGACAGUUGCGGACAGGAUUCGACAUCGUGGUGGCGGCUCUAUUGGGCGCGGACGAAUUUGGAUUCAGCACGGCACCUUUGAUUUCCAUGGGCUGCACAAUGAUGAGAAAGUGUCAUCUGAACACCUGCCCCGUGGGUAUCGCGACCCAAGAUCCUGCGCUGCGGAAGAAAUUCGAAGGGAAACCGGAGCAAGUGAUCAACUUUUUCUUCGCUUUAGCGGAAGAGGUACGCUCUUACAUGGCCACCUUAGGAAUCCGUAAGUUUCAAGAUCUGAUCGGACGUACGGAUCUGUUGAGAGUUCGGAAAAAUCUGUCCAUCGAGAAAGCUAGAACGCUAAGUUUCGACAAUAUUUUGCGCAGCGCGCUCCAACUCCGACCCGGAGUGAACAUUAAGGGUGGAUCGAUGACGCAAGACUUUCAGCUAGAAAAUAGAUUAGACAAUCGUGCGAUCGAAUUAGCGAGGGACGUGUUGGAUGGAAAACGUAACCGCGUCGACAUCGAAUUGAACAUCAAUAACGAAUGCCGGGCAUUUGCGUCAACUUUGAGCUAUCAUAUUUCAAAACUGCACGGCGAAGAUGGUCUUCCCGAGGACAGUAUCCGUAUAAAGAUGAAAGGUUCUGCUGGGCAGAGCUUUUGCGCUUUUAUGACCAAAGGUGUGCACGUUACGCUCGAAGGGGACGCGAACGAUUACGUCGGAAAGGGACUCUGCGGAGGAGAAAUCGUGAUAUACCCGCCAAAGGAUUCCACCUUUGAUUCCGAUGCAAAUGUGAUUGUUGGCAAUGUCUGUCUGUACGGCGCAACUUCCGGGAAAGCAUACUUCCGGGGUAUCGCUGCCGAAAGGUUCAGCGUUCGUAAUAGCGGAGCAACAGUUGUGGUGGAGGGUGUGGGCGAUCACGGGUGCGAAUACAUGACCGGCGGCUGCGCGGUUAUUCUGGGCCUCACCGGACGAAAUUUCGCGGCUGGAAUGUCCGGCGGAAUCGCUUACGUGCUGGAUGUGGACGGCUCCUUCAAGAGUAAAUGCAACCCGGAAAUGGUGGAGCUGCUACCUCUGACCAACUCGGAAGAUAUAGCGCACGUGAAAGGUCUUUUGGAAGAAUUCGUCGAAAAGACUGGUUCUCUGAUCGCAAAGGAUCUUCUGUUGCUAUGGCCCGAGCCGACCACGCGUUUCGUUAAGGUGUUUCCGUACGAGUAUCAACGUGCACUGAAACAGCUUCAGGAAGCGAAACUCGCGCAACCGAUUCUGAACGGAAAUUCUCAAAAGCCAUUAAACAACCAAGUGAAAGAUAUCGAGGAUGCCAUCGUGGACGUUGACAAGGAACAGCGGAAAUUGGACAAAAUAAGGGGAUUUAUGAAGUACAAAAGACAAACGGGAGUGUAUCGGCCGGUUGAAAAUCGUGUAAACGAUUGGGAGGAGAUCUACAACUUUCAAGGAGUCCGGAAAGGGUUGCGCACUCAAGCGGCAAGAUGCAUGGAGUGCGGCGUGCCGUUCUGUCAAAGUAGCCACGGCUGUCCAUUGGGAAACAUUAUUCCAAAAUGGAACGAUCUCGUUUUUCAGUCGAAUUGGAAAGAAGCUUUGAAUCAAUUACUGCAAACCAACAACUUCCCAGAAUUUACAGGGAGAGUUUGCCCCGCCCCGUGCGAAGGUGCUUGCGUUUUGGGAAUAUCCGAGCCGGCUGUCACUAUAAAGAACAUCGAAUGCGCGAUCAUCGAUCACGCGUUCGAGCAAGGUUGGAUCGUGCCGCAUCCACCGAAAACGAGGACCGGUCGCCGCGUCGCCGUGGUCGGUUCUGGCCCAGCAGGCUUAGCCGCGGCCCAUCAGUUGAACAAGGCGGGACAUUUGGUGACCGUUUUCGAGAGAAACGAUCGAAUCGGUGGUCUUCUGCAAUACGGAAUACCGACGAUGAAGCUGUCGAAGCAGGUCGUUCAAAGGAGAGUGUCCCUUCUCGCCGCGGAAGGGAUCACUUUUAAAACGGGCGUGAACGUUGGGAAAGACGUCUCUGCCAAGGAAUUGCGCGAACAGUACGACGCGUUGUUACUGUGCACCGGAGCGACAUGGCCAAGGGAUUUAGAAAUACCUGGUCGACAACUGGACGGCAUCCAUUUCGCGGUAAACUUCUUGGAACAUUGGCAAAAGAAACAAAUGGGAAACGACAUUCCUCUCGACAUGCGUUUGAUGGCUAAAGACAAAGAUGUUAUCAUAAUAGGCGGUGGCGACACUGGAUGCGAUUGUAUAGCUACGUCGUUGCGACAGGGUGCCAAAACUAUCACAACCUUCGAAAUCUUGCCGGAACCUCCGAGUAAGAGAUCGGACGACAACCCGUGGCCUCAGUUUCCACGCGUAUUCAAGGUGGACUACGGUCACGAAGAGGUUUCGCUCAAGUUCGGCCGUGAUCCGCGUCAGUUUAGUACUUUAAGUAAAGAAUUCUUAGACGAUGGAAAUGGUCACGUGAGCGGUAUUAAGACGGUUACGGUUUCAUGGGCGAUGGAGAACGGCCGUUGGAAGAUGGAGACGGUUCCCGGAUCGGAGAAGGUGUACAAAUGCGAUUUGGUGUUACUCGCGAUGGGAUUCUUGGGCCCCGAAAAGUACGUUGCGAGUGAACUGGACGCGUCGAUGGACGAGAGGGGCAAUUAUAAAACUGCAACCGGUAAAUACGAGACAAGCUUGACUGGGACGUACGCGGCUGGAGACUGCCGACGUGGACAGUCAUUGGUCGUUUGGGCGAUCACGGAAGGCAGGCAAGCCGCGAGGGAGAUAGACCUAGCUUUAAUGGGCACGACCGGGCUUCCCGUGUCUGGUGGCAUAAUACCAAACAUCAUGGCCUGAACGUUGCGGCUGGCGACACACGUGUCUUUUCACGCGAACGAUGUCCACCUUUGUUCUCCGUCAUUCCCUUCUAGCCCUGCGCGAUCGCGUCGCGAGCAGGUACUCUACCGUUGAACGAACGAGGAAGAGAAGCGAUCUACGAUCUGCGUGAACCAUUCGAGAUAUAUCAGUAUUAUCGAAAGCUAACGAUUAGCAUCCGAAAUUCUUUUGCAUGAUCACUCUCAUACCGCGUACAGGACUCGAGAUCUUUUCUUAAACUGCAGCGAUCGUUCUGCCGAUACAGAUUUGUUCGUUCGUUCGUCUUUCACCAGGAUUAUCUAUGUAAUUAGCGUACCAGUCUGUCGAGCAAGCUAUACGUAAAUAAUAAAUACUCUUAGGUGUACUACGAAAUCCGUAGAUCUCGUCUUAUUGUUCUCUCCGUUCUGUAUUUCUUUGGCGAAAUAGCACGAGUGCGAACCUACGAUUAGUUAUUGUAUCGACUCGCAUCUUUCGUCGAACCAAUCCAAUUACACCGGCAGAGUGGAAUCGGAAUUGUCCGCGAGAAGCAAACUCUCAUGAUUUCAGUGCGAAACCGUGUACGAGCGGCAUAAACGUUCAACGGAAACAAAUGAAACGCAUUCGGCAUUUACGGUAAACGCGAGGUUAGGUCAUUCGAAUUUCUUUAGUUGGAGUGCAUCAGGAGUAUACCGUAUACUGCGAUCUACGUGUAUACUACACUUAUCCGUACAACAAAUUGAUCGUAUGCUAUUUAUUCGUGAAAAUGCAAACAUGUGUCUAGAGAUUUUAUAACUACAAUAUAUAUGUACAAAUGUUUCAUAUACCAACGAAUUAACUCUUAUUCCGUUUGUUCCGUGUACUAUACACGCGCUCUAUUCUUAAGUAUAUGCGAUAGAAGACGGAAGAAAUACAAUUUAUGACAAUAAAUGAACGAACGAAUGAAUAAAAUAUAAAAGUGCUCUAUUGUAAUCAAGCAAACAAUAAAAAGCGUGAAACCUAAAGGUCUGGCUAGCAAUUUCGAACGAAGUUUGUCCAGUAUCGAUCCAUACAAAAGAAAAAAAGAUAUACAUAUACAUAUAUAUAUACAUAUAU